AUGAAGCCCUUUUUUCUGCUCGGCACAGCAGUCUCAAUCCUAGGAACAUUGACAUGUGGCCUCCCGGCGGUGCCAAUGCUUCCGAAAAUCACGAUCCGAGAGGAAGCUAGGCAGCUCUUUGCCAUACCUACGAGCGCCAGCAUUUUAAUUCGACAACAUGUAUACAUGGCUGCUUCGGCAACUAUCGUGGAACCAGUGUCAAUGACCGGCGCCGGAACGCAUGGGAAGCGAGAGCGAGAGCGAGAGCCAGAGCCAGAGCCAGAGCCAGAGCCAGACCAUCCGAAUGCGAAUCCUGUGGACGAUGUGGACGAGGUUUCUAUUCAGCCAGCCACCACCAAUACAAGGCCUCCCCACGGAAGAGAUGAGCAUGCUUCUCACUUUGGGAAAUUCUUCCCCUACCAUCCUGGCGACGUUUCCCAAUCUGCAUCGGCAUCGGCUGCAUCUCCCAGUUUUCCAGUCGGCUCAACCACAACUUCACCAGGUUCGGAUUCGGGAGAAGGAGAGGACCCUGCUUCCAAUUCCAAUUCCAAUGGGACAACUAGUACUGAGGACAGUUCCGCUCCAUCGACAUCGACAUCGACAUCGACAGUCUCAGUAACGGUCACCAGCGCACUGCCGACGGGAAUCAGAACUCUUCCUCCCACCACAGCAAUCACAGGGGCUGCUAUGCCAGAGCCUCUUCCAGCAGCUGCUUCCACCUCGACCUCGACCUCGACCUCGACCUCGAACAGUCCUUCUGCGUCUGCUUCUGCUUCUGCUUCUGUAUUGAGUUCUGUCACGGGCACGGGCACAGGGACAAGCACGAGUUGUCCAACGGCAUCCAGAAGCAGAAGCGCGGAUCAGUCAGAACAGCCGCUGCCCCUAAUACUCACCGUCGUCCCUGUCUCUCUUUAG